UUCUAACAACGUCUGUGUGUACAUUUCAUCAUAUAAGAUGUGGCACACUUAUAACUGUCAGUACUCCAUGCAGUACCUCUGCCAAGAAGACAGAUAUUAUGGAAACUUGUCUUUUUAUAACAUCACCAGUACAUCCAUGGCCUUCAACUGGACACCAGCUCCUGGGCCUAUUGACUCCUAUUCAGUGGUGGUGACAAGUCCAGCAGGUUCCUCUCAGACGAUCACAGUGGGCAAUGUUACUGAAACAGUUGUGACUGGUCUAAGUUCAAGUAGCGUCUACACUGUUCAGGUCUUUCCCAGCAAGUGCAAUAUUCAGCUGGACCCGGCCAAUGGCUCCGCUUGCACAGCUCCGCCUUCACCCGGAUGGAUUACUGUUACAAAUGUGGGAACCAAUUUCGUGUCUCUUGUUUGGGAUGCCCCGUCGGAUAUGUCCAGUAACUCCUACAGCUUUCUCAUCACCUACUUCAGCAGCUACUGGGGACAAAGCGGCUCCACCAAUUCAAGUUCCUUCUCUGCCACGGUGAUGAAUCUAAGAGCAGGCAGCAUGUACAUCUUCAAUGUGACAACAGUAAAUCCAACCUGUGGCCUAAGCGCCCCUUCAUCCAUUGCUGUCUACACAAAUGCCACCACAAAAAUCCUGCUUCUAAAUGUCAGAAUGAGCUCCAACAGGCCUUGCACCAAAGAGAUGAUGCGAACCUUGAUCGGGAACAGACUGAACUUGCUGUUUGCUGACAUCUACUGGACACUUGGGCGUAUGGAACAGAGAUGUUACGGAACACCAUUGUGAAGAGACUUCGAGAGACAUUUGCCUGGUUUGCUGCUAUUUAAAGAGAGUCCGCUAAUUUACCAGAAUCCCUUUGCGCCAUCAUGUAUGAAGGACGCAGUCUCUGAAACCCUUUUAUCCUUCCCUCAGAUCUGUCACAGACGUCUCUUUAUGAUUCUUAGAAGGUCUUUAUUGAAAUCAAGGUAACACUGUGGUGAAAGAAGCCACAGCCACGCCCCUCUCUUAUGACAUCACUACGCACAAGUGGCUCCUAUUGGUGCAUCACAAAGGACAGCUUUACCUUUGGAUUGCUACCUUGCUUCCUAUGAUGCUGAUUUCCUGCUGUCUGUUUUGGUGAAUGAUCACUUCUACCUACAGAGAUAGAAUUUUGAAAUAAACACUUGAUUUAAAAAAA